CGGAUUCGCUGCCGAAUAUCCGGAAAGAAAGGGUUGCGGAUUCAAAAAUAUCCGGAUACGUGUGGACGGAGCCUAAGUGUGACGGAUUUUCAACCCCACCUUUCCUCGAGAGAUUUCAAUUCUUAGAUUUAACGGUUUAGUUUCAAAUAUCCGUGGCAUUUGUGUCCAUUAAUCCUACACAGUUGGUUAUCAUUCUUUGUUCUACCUCUCUCUUCAGCUAAUUAUAGUGAAACCGUGUGAAGCUCUCGUGUUUCGCAAUAAGAUAGUGACUGUCGGUUUAAAAUAUCUAGCCAACGUGAAGUUAUGUUAGCUAGGAAUUCAAAUUAAUUAAGUAUAACUGAGUACCUGUAUCAUCAAUGUAAAAAGCAUGAAUGAUUUAAUUAGCAGGUACACGUACUUCUGAAAACCCGGCGAAUUUUAGCAAACUCCACACUGAUUCGUGUACUGUUGGUGUAAGUUGUAACGGCUCGCGAAGAUUUCGUCUCUUGUCGAUACUGGGUCAGGGACUUUCAGCUUUCGUCAUGGGAUUUAUUUAAUACCGGAUUCAGUAGAGCAGUAUCGCAACCGUAUAGCGUCUUCUCAAAUUUACAACACAUGAUCCAUUUUUCUCAUUCAGGAGGAUGCCUUCGCUUGAUUUCUAGACAUUAUGCCAACGCCUUCAAGAUUUAAGCGAGGUUUUUACAACGUGGCCAAAAGGAAGCCCGUUAGGUUUGCGGUCAUCUAUGUGAUUUCCUUGGUGAUUGGAAUACUGUUACUGAAGAAAUUUUCUGAGCAAGAUCUUCAAGACAAAACUUCAGACCAAACAAUAAUUAUUUCAACGGUUCACGAGGGACACCAUCAACCGCGAAUUGAUCACGAAAAGCGGCAACAUGAUCGACUUCACCGAAUACGCAAGUACUGCAACGAUUCUCGAAACAACAAGAACAUCUUCCACGAACUUCCAAAUCGAAACCAUUUCAACUUUGUUGUCAGCGAGAAGCACAAAUUCAUCAUAUGCUAUGUACCAAAAACUGGAUCAAGUCAAUGGAAAGAUCUGCUACUUAACAUCCUCGCAACACACCCGGUGACACCAAAUCAUGACAUCUCAUUGUUUGAUUACACCAUCUUUAAAUUUUUGAAUAGCUAUCCAUCGGACCAGAGACAACGUAUGCUGGAUUCUUACCAAACGUUCUUCUUCGUACGGGAGCCUUUUGAAAGGCUGUUGUCGGCUUACAGGGAUAAAUUUGCGGGAAAAACGACUUCUUUGUAUGAAGAAAUGGGGAAGAAAAUUGUUCGUGAAGUUCGCGGUGAUUCCAUGGGAAAGAGUUCUGGUGAGAGACCUACAUUUGAUGAGUUCACUUCUUACGUUGAUCGGCUGUCCGAUCCGUCCACAUGGGACAUGCAUUGGCGACCAUCACACCAAACUUGCUAUCCUUGUGCUAUUAAUUAUGACUACGUGGGUUACUUUGAAACCAUCAAAGAAGAUGCAGAUUACAUUUUAAAAAGACUGGGCUUGGACAAGGAAGUAGAAUUUCCUCCGUUUAAAUCAGGGACUCCAAAACGUCUGGAGACUCACUAUUCUCAGAUUCCUCUCGACCGUAUCAUCAGACUUGCUGAGAUUUACCGCGUAGACUUCGAAAUGUUUGGUUUCAAGUACCCAGACUCCAUCAAAAAGCUCUUUAAGGACUGGGUUUGAAAUUUUGUCAUGGAAAUCAUUAAAUGAAUGCAGUACCAUGUCGGGGGCAGCGCAUCAUCUUGAAUCGGACGCAACUGUGUUUAUCUGAUGUAAAAAUUUCAAAGGAUCGUGUGUUUAUCAGCGUUGUUUUUUUGAAAAAACUGUUUCCAAUUCAGGUGAAGUGCCCCAAAGUGGCCAAACAAGGGCAGAGUUGGCGUUUUAAAAGAUCAACACGUAGGCGGAGUUUUUCUUUCAGUAAACACCUUUUAAUACAGCAUUGAAGCAGCACCUGUGUGUUACGAGGAAGGAUUUUUAACAUAACUCGAGGCCAAGCUGACAAAAUUACAACGUCUCUUCAGUUCAAGUAAAAAUAAGGAGUAACGCAUUUAGCUUUUAAAAUAAUCGAUGGUUCAUGUUGCCCACUGCAAGUUUCUCCAAUUACGACAUUUAUUCAAGGAAAGUAGUAAAAAUUCUUAAAUAACAUUAAACAGCAUAUGGUUUAUGAUAUUUUUCAAUGAUAAAGAUUUGUUCGCUUAUAAAUAGUUUAAUCACUUCGAUUUGAAUAUUCUUGAAUUUUGAAUCUUAAAGAAAUGUUUUCUCUUGAUAUGAUUUAUAGGACUCAAAAUUAAAUGUCGUGAUGUGAUAUAUAAAUCGUGAAAAUUGUUGAAAAACGGUGCCUUGUAACAAGAUAUGUUGGUUUUAAAAAGCUUUUUGGAAUA